AAAAUCUUUUUUUUUUCAAAUAAAUCAAACAGAACCCAGAAAGAAAAGAAAAUUAAAUCCUUCUAAGAGUUAACUAAACUUUUCUGAUUCGGUUCAUGUGAACCAUCGUUGAUACUUCACAAUGUUUUUCUCUAGAAUUUCUCGCGCUCUCUCUCGCUCUAAUUUCCAAACAAAUGGUCCAAGCGUUCCAAGCGUUAAUCAAGGGUUAGGGCUUGUAAGGGGUUUUUUGGCACCAGCUGGAGGUGGGAAGAAGCUUAUUUCCAAUACACGAUUGUCGAAUUUGGAUUCUAUUCUCUCAAACCCUAGGAUUAGGCGAUUUUUCUCCAGUGAAGGACCUAAGAAAAGAAAUUAUGAAAAUUACUUUCCCAAGAACAAGAAAGAUAUUCCUAAGGCUAAUGAACAGAAAUCUGGAUCCAAAGAGGAUUCAAAUUCUGGUGAACCUGGGAAUUCCCCGAACAUGCAAAAAUUGGUGCAGAACAUUGUCACCACUUUAUUGUUGGUUGGGAUUACAUUCUCAUCAUUAUCAAGCCCUCGAGAUCAGCAGGAGAUUAGUUUCCAAGAGUUCAAAAACAAACUACUGGAACCUAGCUUGGUGGAAAAAAUUGUUGUUUCAAACAAAUCAGUUGCAAAAGUGUAUGUGAGGAGCUCACCACGCAGUGCAAAUCAAACAACUGAUGAUGUUGUAGAAGCUCCAACAAAUGGUGGCCCUGCUCGAAGAAAGACAAGUCAAUAUAAGUACUACUUUAACAUAGGAAGUGUUGAGUCUUUCGAGGAGAAGCUAGAGGAAGCCCAAGAAGCAUUGGGGAUAGAUCCUCAUAAUCAUGUUCCUGUAACCUAUGUAAGUGAAGUGAACUGGUUCCAAGAGUUAAUACGCUUUGGGCCCACACUCUUAAUCUUAGGGUCCUUAUGGUUUAUGGGGAGAAAAAUGCAAAGUGGAUUUGGAGUUGGUGGUCCUGGGGGCCGAGGUGGUCGUGGAAUAUUCAAUAUUGGCAAGGCUCAGAUUACCAAAAUGGACAAGAAUGCAAAAGACAAGGUCUUUUUUAAAGAUGUUGCUGGUUGUGAUGAGGCAAAGCAAGAAAUAAUGGAGUUUGUGCACUUCUUAAAGAACCCAAAGAAAUAUGAGGAAUUAGGAGCUAAAAUUCCCAAAGGUGCUCUUCUUGUUGGUCCUCCCGGCACAGGGAAGACACUUCUUGCAAAGGCAACGGCUGGUGAAUCUGGUGUGCCUUUCCUCUCUAUGUCUGGAUCAGAUUUUAUGGAAAUGUUUGUUGGAGUUGGACCAUCAAGAGUGAGAAGCUUAUUUCAAGAGGCAAGGCAAUGUGCUCCUAGUAUCGUAUUUAUUGACGAGAUUGAUGCAAUAGGUAGAGCAAGGGGUCGUGGAGGCUUUUCUGGUGGCAAUGAUGAGCGUGAAAGUACACUUAAUCAGUUGCUUGUAGAAAUGGAUGGCUUUGGAACGACUUCUGGAGUUGUUGUGCUUGCUGGAACAAAUAGGCCUGACAUUUUAGACAAAGCCCUAUUAAGACCUGGACGGUUCGACCGUCAAAUUACAAUUGACAAACCUGACAUCAAGGGUCGUGACCAAAUCUUCCAAAUAUACUUGAAGAAACUAAAACUUGAUAAUGAGCCAUUGUAUUACUCUCAGCGACUUUCUGCUCUAACCCCUGGUUUUGCUGGAGCUGACAUUGCCAAUGUCUGCAAUGAAGCGGCAUUGAUUGCUGCGAGGAAUGAAAGUGCAGUGAUAACCAUGGAACAUUUUGAGGCAGCUAUAGACAGAGUAAUAGGUGGUUUAGAAAAGAAGAACAAGGUUAUAAGCAAGUUGGAAAGGCGAACUGUUGCUUACCAUGAAUCAGGCCAUGCUGUUGCUGGUUGGUUCUUGGAACAUGCAGAACCGUUGCUGAAAGUAACAAUUGUUCCUCGUGGUACUGCAGCUUUGGGAUUUGCUCAGUAUGUUCCUAAUGAAAAUCUUCUGAUGACCAAAGAGCAGCUGUUUGAUGUUACUUGCAUGACACUAGGUGGUCGAGCUGCUGAGCAGGUUUUGUUGGGGAAAAUAUCAACUGGAGCUCAAAAUGACUUGGAGAAAGUAACCAAGAUGACAUAUGCCCAGGUGGCAGUAUAUGGUUUCAGUGACAAGGUUGGUCUUCUUUCUUUCCCUCUAAGGGAUGAUGCAUUUGAGAUGACCAAGCCUUAUAGCAGCAAGACCGGUGCGAUUAUUGACGGCGAAGUUAGAGAGUGGGUGGGUAAGGCAUAUGACCGAACGGUGCAACUGAUAGAGGAGCACAAGGAGCAUGUUGCACAGAUUGCAGAAUUGCUUCUGGAGAAAGAGGUCCUUCACCAAGAGGACUUGGUUCGAAUACUCGGGGAACGGCCAUUUAAGUCGACUGAACCCACUAAUUAUGAUAGGUUUAAGCAAGGGUUCCAAGAAGAAGACAAAGCAUCCAAGGACACCUCAACAGAUGCCAAAACUAUACAAGAUAAUAAUGGUUCAACACCCUUGGAACCUGAGGUAGUACCUGCAUAGUAUAUCUAUAAAUUACAAGGUUAUGUUUUUCCCUCAUUAAUUUGCUUACAAACUGAACUCUUAAGCUGUAAAUGAAAGAUUCUUGCCCCAACUGUGAUGAUCCCCCCCCCGGUUCGACUUGACCAACGGUUUCUUGAUUUUGGAAAGCAUUUUGAUGUCUAUUUGAAGUCAAGGUGGUAAAGCUUUGAUCGAA